CACAGAGCGCAGGUCUCAUCCCGUUCUGAGUUAUGUGUCAAAGUUAUCCUUUAGAUUGAUUUAGUAGUUUUUAUCCACGUAACACUGGAAUCUUAUCUGUUGGAUCGCUGUACUUUUGUCAUACGGAAAUGGAUGUCGCUGCAUAUUUACAGCGUUUUGAGAGCAGUAUAAGCACGUACGCGGGAGAUGAUCCUCUGGAGCAGUGGGACAAGUUUGUUGAACUCCUAGAGCGGAAGUUACCCCCAAACAGCACCAGCCAGCUGUCACUUGUGUUUAACCGUUUAGUUGAGACAUUUCUAAAUGUAGAAAAAUAUGCCAAUGAUGAAAGAUAUAUCAACUACUGCAUCAAAUGUGCAAGCGCAUAUGCUGACCCCAUUGCCCUGUACAGUCACAUCUUCAGUCAAGGCGUCGGUACACGAAGCACUGCUCUGUAUUUGUCCUGGGCACAACAGUUGGAGCAGAGUGGCUUGAACGAUCAGGCCGAGACAGUUUACCAGAAGGCCCUAGAGAACCAGGCUCAGCCAGCUGAAUCACUGCUUCAUGAAUACAGGCAGUUUCAAUCAAGAACGAAGCGUCAUGUAGCAGCAUUAGCAGGAAGCAGAAACCCUUUACAAAACUCCAAUUCAGUCAAUGUAAUGCCAACCCAUAGAGAGUCAUCUGCACAAAACAAGGACACUAGAGCGGUAGACUGCCAACCUGCCAAACCAGCAGAACGUAAAUAUGUUAUCAUGGUUUCUCGCUCUGAGUACUCUGGGAAAAUCCCCCCGAGCUCUAAUGAUAACACUGUAGCUGCAUAUGACAAGGAGGCUCUGCAGUGCGAGGACUCUGAGCUGUGCUUCGAAGAGGUGCGGGCCCAGAGGUACUUCCAGAAAAUCCAGGAGCAACAGCAGAAGCAGAAGCAGGAAGAAGCUCAGAGCCAUGAAGCCACCACCUUUGAAGGAGAGGAAACGCAGAAUGUGAAUUUCUGGAUGAAGUUUAAAAUGGGCCUUGAUGCACUGGAACAUAUUUCAGACCUGACCACAAACUUCAGUCCAGUCAAAGACGCCCAUCACUCUUCAGUGCACUCGCGGCCUCCUUCACAUCCCGGCAGCAGGAAGUCUCUGGGCUUUAGGCUGCACUCGGAGCCCACGUUUAUCGCCUGUGCCCCCACAAGCUCUGGACCUGAUUCUCAUGUGGACACCAAAGCUUUAGCUUAUGGACAAUCCCACCAAGCACCAGUUACCCAAGUACCCCAGCAACUUCCAGUCCCAGGGGCCAGUGCGACCAAUCAGGCACCGCUUUCAGUUUCAAACAUCUCCUACCAAGCACCUCGUCCCAGUGUGCCCCACCAAGCCCUUCUUCCCAGUGUGUCCCAUCAUGCACCAGUCUCAGAUGCCAACAUAUCUCAUCAUGCACCUCUUCCAACUGCGUCUAUGUCACAUCAUGAAGCCUUUUUACCACAGAUGACCUCUGAUCAUUGUCCACCAGAAAAUGACAACGGAGACAAUGAGGAGGUCUUGGAGGCAGAGCAGGAUGCUAAUCUGUCCCAGGGCGGUAGUGCAAACCUGUCCCGUAUUACUCCUAACAAUUCUCUGGGUUACAUUCAGGCCACUCCUUCACGGGUGCUACCUUCACCUACUGUCAACACCAGAGAAGCACUGGACGUGAUCAUGGACAUGUUCCAGGCUCCUACGUUUUUGGAGGACCCAUUCCCCACCGCUUCAGAGGAGAGGGACUUUGACAUUAUAUACACAAGAAAAGGGUCCAGUGUCAAACCGGCCACGUCAGCCCCGUUCACAAUCUUCCAGGACAAUGAGGGGCAGAUCGAGAACAAGGAAAACUGCAGUGCGCCCCCUGCUGUGAACGAGAAUCCUAAGCCGGUCAGAGCUCUGGCUGAACUACCCAAAGCUGCCAAACCCAAUGAUACACCGACAGAGCUGGCCCCAGACGAGAGCACCAUGUGGGGGACACAGUUCCACGCUCAGAAUUCCCUGGCCGCGUGUCCCAACAGCACCUCGGACUUCGCCAUGCUCGCCCAGUUUGUGUCCACGCCGUUCACCCACAAAACCCCCGUGAACACCAACACCUGCUUCUUCCCUGACCAAGAAGUUGGUGAAGGGACUGAGGAGGAUUUUGGGAGGCGCUACACCAAGAAAUUGAGUCCCAUCAUGGAGCAGAGCCCGUUGGAGGAGCAGCCCGCAGGAGAAGACACGGCAGUGACUCGGCAGUCCCUGGGCUCUCGUCAGGGCACCAUUGUGGGAGAGGGCGUGGCCAUGAACACCCAGCUUCUGACCGCUUCCUGUACCACCAUGGUCCAGCCCCCUCCCCCCGCGGUGCUGUCCUUCAGAGAGCAGACCCUCUGCCCCAGCAACACCUCCACACACAGGAGUACUGGACCUGGAUGGGAAGUCUACACCAGCCCUGAGCCCAAGCCUAAGAGUGAGCCUUUCACCAUCAUGGAAGACAUGGAAGAACCUCCAUCUGCUCCCAGGCUUCCUCCUCCUCCUCCACAGGACGUCCCCAUGAGCCCGGAGAGUGCCCCGCGGCCCGACUGGCUCACCAUCCAGAGCCCCGAGGUGCCAGAGGAGAAGGACCUGGACGUCUUCCUCUCUCCUCAUCGUCCCAAUCUCUCACACGUGACCCAUACAGUCCAGGAUGUGCCCAUGAGUCCCCAAGUGCAGUUUAGUACAGACAGUGAAAUGGUGAGCCCGUACAAAGAGUCAAGAGCUCCGUUAGAUGUGUCAAUGACAAGCAGAACGCCGAGGACCGAGCGAGCUAACCCUGGGAUGACUCUGGUGUCUGAUCCGUGGAACGAGCAGCUCAUUGAGCACCUGUUGAACAGUAUGGACCCUCCUCUGACCACGCACCCUCGCUGUGUCACAUGGCAGUGUAAUCUCCCCAACAUCGCACCCAAAAUGACACUAUCCAUGGGUAAUUCAUCUUUGCGUGUGGACUGUGUUCUUGGAGAAGGAGCAUUUGCCAAAGUUUACCAGGCCACAGACCCAGUUACAUCUGAGAAAAUGGUUCUAAAGGUGCAGAAACCGGCCAAUCCAUGGGAGUUUUACAUUAACACACAGCUGGAUGCUCGUGUGCCUCAGUCAGUGCGUCAUUUUUACAGCAGUUUUCAGUCGGCUCAUCUUUUCAAAAAUGGCAGUGUCCUCCUUGGAGAGAUGCACAGCUACGGCACACUACUGAAUGCAGUGAACAUGUACCGCACACUGGGGGACAAAGUGAUGCCUCAGCCUCUGGUGCUGUACUUCAGCGCGUGUAUCCUCCACAUGAUCGAGCAGCUGCACAGUGUGGGCAUAGUCCACGCUGAUGUCAAACCAGACAACUUUCUGCUUGGAGAGAGGUUUCUGGAGAACAGAAGCUUUGACCGGGAGAACCUGGACCACGGCCUGGUGCUCAUCGACCUGGGCCAGAGCAUCGACAUGAGGCUGUUCCCGCCGGGCACCGCCUUCACCGCCAAGUGUCUCACCUCAGGCUUUCAGUGCACGGAGAUGCAGACAGGCAGACCGUGGAACUAUCAGACGGACUACUUUGGCGUGGCGGGCACGGUCUACUGCAUGCUGUUUGGGACCUACAUGCAGGUGGUGAAUGAUGGUGGCGUCUGGAGGACUAAUGGUGUAUUUAGACGGAAUCCUCACGGCGAGUUGUGGCAGCAAUUCUUCCACACCCUGCUGAACGUGCCCGACUGCAGCUCUGUACCGGACCUGAGAGGCCUGAGGCACCAGCUCGUGUCUGUGCUGGAGCAGAACUACAACUCCAAACUUCCCUCGCUCAAGAGCCGCCUGGUGGUGCUGCUUCUGGAGAGCAGGAAAGCCCAGCGCAGAUGACCAACCGCACUCCUAUGGACUUUAAUACUGACUCUAUGGCUCAGGUGAUUGCCGUAAGGCGCAAUCUGAUCCUGUACAUGUUGUAAUUAAAAUUUUGUAUGUUUUUCUUAUACUACUGGCUUGAAACUUCCAUGGAUAGAAAAUUGAAGGUAAAAUUUGGGUUAUACUGAAUCAGCAUUAUAAUUUUUCAAACAUGACCCUAACUAGAAGGCCUGCUUUGCACAAACCAGCUUUUACUUGUGUAUAUAUACCAGUUAAAGCUACCAUCUAUAAGUGUUUUUCAUUUUCUUUUUAACCACUUGUGCUCUCUGCUUUUCUUCUGUCAGACCAAAGCUGACACAGUAUCAGACAGCAGUAACAUAGGCAGCAUCUAGUGGUGAUAUGUGAAAAUACAACAGGGCCACUUUAAUUACAGAUGGUAGUUUUUAAUUUGUAUUUAAAGUUAUAUCUGAUUGGCUUCAAAUUAUACUUUAUAGUGGCGAAAUGUGCUGGUAGAAAGCAUCUGAAUUUGUGAAGCUCAGCACAUUAAACCAAAAUAUACAAAUAAAGGGUCUUGUUGUGCAAAGAGAAGAUGAGAAAUGUGUUUUUGCAUUGUAACACCUAAAGUUUAUAAUUCACUGUGACUGAACAGAUUAAAAAAUAUGGUUUAAGAGGCAAUAUUAUGCUAUUUUCUGAUCUCCAGUUUAUAUUGAACUAAAGGUAAAAGUAGCUGUUAACUUGAAAACUAUGGCUUCAUGACAUCAAAAGGUGGAACAGAGCAUUUUGGGGCUUUGGAGAUGUAGACAGACUAAUAUAAGCAUUACUGAAACAAAAGAAAACACAACUUCACAUAUGUUUUUGUUGAAGUAAUUAUAACAUGGUUUAAAGUUGGUUUAAAGUUUACAAGAGUCAACUUUGUGUAAUAUAAAAUCCAAUCCAAUCCAUGGCGCUACUAACUGUAUUUCAUGCUAUUAUUUCUUAAUGUGUACAUAGAAAAAAGUGUUGCUCUUUUGUAAUAUUUUUAUUAGAAAGCACCCGUAACCCUGUCUUUUAAUAAAAUUCUUAAAUAGCUGUG